CACCCUUCAACACACAACGCCAACUUUGAUAAUAUGCUUUGUGUGGAAAUUUCAGUUCAAUAAUACGCUAUAUAUAAAGCCGUGGAUAAAAUGGUUAUCCACCCUCCACAAUCAAGAUGACAGAACAAGAUGCCGUCGCGUCCUGGGACUUUGACACAGAUGAGAUUGCUUCCAUCGACUCAGACGACCUUCAUCAAAGCCGUCCCAAUCGGUGGACUGGAGAACUUUCAACAUGGAGACACUACACAAGAGAAGAGCGGAUGCUCUGGCGCUCAUUAAAGCAGCUGGGGAAUGAGGAUCUCGCCAAACAUCUCUACAACGCGGUUGAGCUGGCCAAGCGUCAACCAGAUCCAGAACAAGCACAGGAUGAAACCAAUGCACAGUCUAAUAACAAAGGAGAAGCCUGGAAGAUGCCUAGGGCAUGGGCAGCAUGGCCAGUGGCGCCAAAACAUCUACCACCACAUGGGCUCUUCAACCAAACAGAACAAGAGGAUGAGGACGAAACAUACAGACGCACCACCAAUAAUAUGCCAAGCACGGAUUUGGAGGAAGAAAUAACCGCCUUGAUUUUGCGUUUUUCAAAACAACGCUUUGAUAAGGCCAAAUCCAAGGAAAAUAAAGACGCAGAUGACGAUGUAGUCAUCGAAUCUAUCGAAACAGAAGUAGCAAAUGCGUUUGCUAGCAAAACCUCUGACUUUUCAAGAUCACGACAGUCUUCAAUAGGAAGUUCUCCGCCGGUAACACCUAGCAAUAUGCACAUUGACGAACUUCAAUCCGAACCCGAGCUGGAGAUGAUGAGCGACGACGAACAGACCAGUAUCAAACACGAUUCAAGUUCGGGAUGGGAGACGGAGGAAGCAGACGCCUUGCAGGCAGAAUUUCUUGCAGAUGACGACCAAGCCCGUGAGCUUCUUAGGCCAUCAGCACGGCACAUUAUUUCUAAACUUGAAGAGCUGCUGCUCGUGCUGCAGGCGGCGCGGCUCGCAUGCCUACCCCGAAACGCAUUUGCAGCAAACAUCGACGAUGGCGACGCAGAUGAUGAGGGUGACUAUAAGCCGCGUCGAAGGAAAGCCAAGGAUAAAAUUCAAGCUGCCGCCCAGUCAAAUGAAUUUGAACUAGAAGAUGUCGAAAUGGGCGACGUUGUGGAAUCAUCUCAUCCGGGUGAAGCAACUGAAGACGCUGGGUUUGUUCGCUGGAUGCUGGGACAGGAGAGCACACCCUCUGAAACACCAGGCGAAGAGCUCAAGACGACUGAUGAGACAACUGAUGAGAAGGCUGAUGAGACGACUGAAGAUCCUGCGUUUAAAGCAUGGGAGAGUGGAAAGCCGGUAGAUGCUGCGCCUGAGGUUGAAUCCGACAGCGAGUCCGACGAUAUUGACGGCCCAGCCAAUUUCGAUGAACAACAGAGGAAAUGGCGGCUACGAGAUUGGAGUGACGUUAUUGGAGCAGCAGCACUUGCAGAUCUACCACCUACCGUAGUUCACAGAACCGCACAGCGAUGCGCCAACCUGUUUGAGCAGAGCAUGAUCCUGAACCGAAUCCCCGAGACGACAGCGGCCAAGGGCACGCUUGUCGAUGGCAUGCUCAUCUCACCCCAGUCGCCCAGGCCCGAAUCCAUGAAAUCUAGCGGCAGUGACAGCGACCAUUUAGAGCCCAGCAUGCUACAGCGCCGCAUCAGAUCCAGUCAAGCGUCUCGCCAGACGUCUCGUCAGACAUCCUUGGCGCGCGACAUCAGCGAAGAGCGUGGCCGCGGCCGCAACGCAGAUCCUGCUUUACCAGAAUUGCACAACAGAACAAGAUCGAACUCAGAGCACUCAGCCGGCAUUUUCCUCUGUCCCGUGCCAUCAUGCCCCCGCGCAGCACGGCGAUUCGAUCGCAAGCGCAAUCUCAAACGCCACAUGAAGCUCGUCCACCCCGACGUCGACGACUCCGCUGAGGAAGUCGACAGCGGUGACGAGAUGCAAGGUGCCGUCCACGUUGACGGCUUCCUACGACCAAUCAACGCACAGCGAGGAUGGCGCGGACGAGGUGCUAAUCCGCGAAAGAGAGCGAGAAGCUCCAGUUCAACGCCUGCAACGCCCGCUCGAGCAGACCAGUUUAGCAGCGCCAAUAGUAGCAGCGAUGAGUCUGUGUCCGACUCGGAGGAUAACAUGUACGAAUAGUAAGAAAAGCAAUACCUAGAACUUGAUAAUAGAAACGCCGACAUGAUCACCA